AUGCGCGGAGGCUUCGGAGGCUCGUUUCGAGGCGGUCCGUUGAAGAUAGGGAGGAAUGACAGAAUCGAUGAGGAGCCUCAGUUCUCCACAUCGAUGUUCUUACCCUCCUCUUCUCCCGAAGUAUCGCCUACAGACCAGAAGCAAUCCAGCAGAUCUGCACAGUAUCGAGGAGGCGUCAUGGGAGCUGGCGACUCGUUAUCACCAACAUCAAUUCCUCCGCAAAACAAGGGUUCGAUAGCUCCCUGGGAAGAUCCUUCAUCACUAGACUCUAUAGCUCCUUGGGACACCGACCCUGCCCCCUCGAGAGCCAAACAGGCUCUUAGGAACAACUCUUUUUAUCACGACACCCCGGGUCAGGCCUCACCUCCCUGCGACGCCGACAGAACUCCUCGGGCGAACACUGCUGACUUCUCGGACAAUAAGCUGUGCGAUCAAGAUGUCAGAAGACCUUCUGUAGCAAGUGCAAACACAGUCAGCAGUCAAGGUUCUGGAUCGAAGAUCAGUUCGGGUGGGAAGUUUCCAAAAAGUCUCAAAGGCAUCUUCGGUGAAGACCCUAGUGGUUCGAGGGAGGCAUCAGCCACAAACGUGGCUACACAGAACAACUCCAAAGCUAGAAAGGGAAGUGACAGCAUAGAUAUACCAUCAAGACCACACACCCCUGUUCCCCCAGCCGAUGUGACUCCGUGGGCAUAUCAGUAUUUUGAAGAUGUCAGCAAUUAUGGCGACGCCCCAGUGAGGUCUAAUCCCAUUGGGCAGGAGCCUGGAGAGGCGAAUAACAAUGCUCCUGCCUCGAAAGAUCACCACCCUCGCGGUCUCUUGCAUCGGCACACAAGGAGCAAGGAGGAGCCUCCACGGAGUCACCCCAUGCCUCCCACCUCCCACCCUGUGCGCCCUUCUACCAGUCGAGAAUUAUCCACCACCAAUCCGCCUUUCGGGAGGAGUAGCACAUUCACAUCGACACCGGCAAGCUCUUCGACCACUUUACAUAGUGUGAGAAAUUCCAGCCCAAGCCGCGCAAUGACUGACCGGGAUUUCUCGGAACGCAAAGCUCCAACUGCGAAGCCGGAGAAGAAAGGUCUGCGAAGCCUGUUCACUCGGCACAAACACCACGAAAAAGACCUUGCCAAAACAUCUACCGACUCGGAAAGAUCGCUACAAGAACCAGUAGGCAAGAAUAAACCUUUGCAUGCCGAGCCACCAUCCGACAAGCGAGGCCGUGAAACGAGUAUGGCUUCGACUGACAGUAGCGCCACGAUCAAACCAACAGAGACCAUGGAAGGUUUGGAUAAGCGGUUUACCAACACAUCCAAAACGUCGCAUAGAUUCCCUCGCAUACAUCCGAAGCGAGGAAUGAGCUAUGAAGGACAUUCGGGGGAAAGGGCUCGCCAGGGUUCGCAAGCACAACAACAGCCGGUCGGCAUAUUUAGUCUAGAUACUGACCUAGACGACAUGUCGGGCAUCAUCAGUCAGCCAAAGCCAACAUCUCCGGGGCCAGCAGCUGCCGAGAUGUUUGCUGGCCCUACGCCUAGAGAUGGUCACGGGUCAAUGCAGGAUCCCGCCGCUCCAGCUUGGGAUGCGCCUGACAGCUGGGCUGUCAAGAAGCAUGACGAAGACAUUCUCGGUGCGUUGCCAGAAGUCGAUGAAAAUGGCCUACCCGCAAUCGAAGAAAACGAUGGCAAGUCCUACUGUAUGCGGGUCUUCAGGACUGAUUCGACGUUUGCUACUAUCUCAACCUCGAUCAAUGCCACUGUGGCGGACAUUCUUAGUAUGCUGGCCAAGAAGUCUGUUCUACAAGAUACUAUAGAAAACUAUCACCUUGUCCUACGGAAGCAUGAUCUGUCGCGACAGCUGCAGAACGGGGAAAGGCCAGUGGCCAUGCAGAAGAAGAUGCUCGAACAGGCUGGUUACGAAAGUAGCGAUCGCAUAGAAGAAGUUGGCCGCGAGGACAACAGCUAUCUCUGCCGUUUUACGUUUACUCAUCGUAAAUUGACUGGAUACGGCAGUGCACUAGACAAAGAUCCUGGGUUCAGCAAGAUGCAGAAAUUCAGCCAUGUAGACUUGCAAGGUCUUUCCCUCGUUACCAUACCAAUCACCUUGUACAAGAAGGCGAGCGAGAUCAUCUCCAUCAAUCUAUCCCGCAACCUGGCGCUAGAUGUUCCGCGGGACUUUAUUCAAGCCUGUAUCAACCUUCGCGAGAUCAAAUUUAGUGGUAAUGAGGCAUGGAGGCUACCGGCCAGUCUCAGUUGGGCCAGCCGCUUGACAGUGCUGGACAUCUCGAACAAUCGGCUCGAGCAGCUGAAAAGCGCGGAACUUGACAGGCUAUCAAGUUUGGUAAGCAUCAAGAUGGCCAACAACAAAUUGUCUGAGCUACCGGCAUACUUUGCGAACUUCCGCCAUCUAAGAAGCUUGCUUAUGUCUUCCAACAACUUCACCGGAUUUCCGGGACUCAUAUGCGGGAUGAAGUCUCUGGUUGAUCUAGACAUCAGCUUCAAUAAGAUAUCAGCCUUGACUAACAUUGGUCAAAUCACGACCCUUGAGCGGUUGUGGGUGACCAACAAUGAUCUGAAGGGGCCUCUCAAUGAAACUUUCAAGAACAUGAUCAACUUAAAAGAGAUCGAUGCUCGUUUCAACGGCAUCACGAACAUUGAUAAUGCCACACUUUUGCCUAACCUUGAGACGCUUCUUGUUGGUCAUAAUGGCAUUUCGACUUUCGCUGGUUCGUUCCCAAAAUUGCGGAGUCUUGUGAUGGACCACUGUCCUGUUACUUCGUUCGACAUUGAUAGUCCUAUGCCAACACUCAUUUCGAUCAACCUCGCAUCCGCGAAGCUUCCGUCGUUCAAAGAUAGUAUGUUUGAGAACAUGCCCAACCUACAAAAACUUAACCUCGACAAAAACCAUUUCAUAAAUAUGCCAUUGCAGAUCGGCCGCCUGUCGAAGCUAGAGCACUUCAGUAUCGCAAAGAAUCCUUUGAACACAAUUCCCCCAUCGAUUGGAAAUCUCACUGAGCUCAGGUUUCUAAACCUCCGAGAAUGCAACCUGAAGAGCCUACCUUCAGAGAUAUGGUAUUGUCUCAAGCUGGAGACGUUGAAUGUCUCGUCCAACGUGCUCGAGAGCUUCCCCAAAAUGGGCACUGCUCCACCUCAAGCAAAUGCACAUAUCACACCAGUCACAACGCCUGGCCUGUCAUCGUCACCUAGCUACGAAGAGCUUGGGAAGCUCGAAGAUUUUGGCCAUCGUAGGCCUAGUCAAGCUUCAGGCAUGCUCAGUAUUGGGAGUUCACCUGCUAGCUCUCAGCGAAAAGGCUCCACUGUCUCGGGAUACGUGCAGGCUGGGAGGAAAGCAUCCGUCGUCUCCAAGACGGCUACAGACGGGACAAUGACUCCUGUCACUCGGAAAGAUUCGAACAUCUCGCAAAGCAAGUUCUCAAACACAUUUGCUGGGUCCUUGAAGUAUCUUCAUCUGGCAGACAAUCGAUUAGAGGACGACAUUUUCCGAGAACUCUACAUGCUUCCAGAACUUCGCUUGUUAAACUUGUCCUACAACGAGCUUACGGACCUUCCGCAAGGCGUUCUUCGACGGUUUGCAAAUUUAACAGAGCUAUAUCUUUCUGGAAAUGAGCUCACGACCCUGCCGUCCGACGAUCUAGAAGAAGGCAGCAAUCUCAAAAUCCUACAUCUCAACGCCAAUAAAUUUCAGGUCCUGCCUGCCGAACUCUGUAAAGUCCACAAACUUACCAUACUUGAUCUCGGCAGUAAUUUUCUGAAGUAUAAUGUCUCUAAUUGGCCCUAUGACUGGAAUUGGAAUUACAACCGCAAUCUGAAGUAUCUCAACUUUUCAGGAAACAAGCGUUUAGAGAUCAAACCAGCCAGUUCUCAUCAGAGCACCACCGCUCAGAACGGAGUUGACCUGACAAGCUUCUCUUCAUUGCAUUAUCUUCGUGUGCUCGGUCUGAUGGAUGUGACACUGACAAUUCCCACCACACCAGAGCCGACCGAAGACCGUCGAGUCAGGUUGUCUGCCUCGCUUGCUGGUCAGAUCAGUUAUGGUGUGGCAGAUACCAUUGGCCGCCACGAGCAUCUUUCCAUCCUUGAUAUGGUGAUACCGCGCUUCCGAGGCCGAGAAGAAGAAACGCUUGUCGGCCUGUUCGAUGGUCAACCAUUGUCGAGCGGAGGCUCGAAAAUAGCAAAAUACCUGCAUGAAUCGUUCCGAGAGAUGUUCAUAGAAGAGCUGUUAAGAUUGUCUGAUGAUUACACUGGCACUCUGGGUGCUCUCAGGAGGACAUUCCUAUCUCUGAACAGGAACAUGGCUUCUGCUGCCAUCCAAACAAUUGAUGCUCGCGAAAACCGUGCUUUACGUGGCGCACGAUCAUCUAGUGUUUCACAGGUGUUGAGUCAGGACGACCUCAAUUCCGGAGGCGUGGCUACGGUGCUCUAUCUUCAUCAAACAGAGUUGUUCGUUGCCAAUGUUGGAGACGCGCAAGCGAUGCUCAUUCAGAACAACGCCCAAUACAAGUUCCUGACUACCAAGCACGACCCUGCCUAUCCUCGUGAAAGAGAACGCAUCCGGAAUGCCGGUGGUUAUGUGUCACGGCAAGGCAAGCUCAAUGACGUCCUUGAGGUUUCCCGAGCCUUUGGGUAUUUCCAACUUAUGCCGUCAGUGAUUGCGGCUCCUCAUACGUUACAGGUCACAUUGAGUGAUAGCGAUGAAAUGAUCGUUCUUGCAUCAAAGGAGUUCUGGGAGUUCGUGACGCCUGAUCUGGCAGUCGAUGUUGCUCGAGCUGAGAAAGCAGACGUAAUGCUUGCGGCACAGAAGUUGAGAGAUCUGGCAAUGGCAUAUGGUGCCAAUAACAAGAUCAUGGUGAUGGCCAUGGGCAUUAGCGACCUACGGAAGCGCAACAACAGCCGUCUUCGGGGCACCAGUCUGUCCAUGCAACCUUCUUACGGCCAGGAGGAUCAACUUUUCCCUUCCAGAAUCCGCAGAAGGAAUCGUGAAGGUGUUGGCGAUUCCCGCCUGGCAAGGCUGGAAGAGGUGGAACCUCCUACCGGCGAAGUGGCCAUUGUAUUCACCGACAUCAAGAAUUCCACUGCGCUCUGGGAGAUUCUGCCCUCUGCGAUGAGAUCGGCUAUUCAGAUGCACAAUGAGCUCAUGAGACGACAACUACGCCUGAUUGGUGGUUACGAAGUUAAAACUGAAGGAGAUGCUUUCAUGGUGUCUUUCCCGACCUGUACAUCGGCGUUACUGUGGUGUUUUUCUUGUCAAAGCCACCUAUUGGAUUUGGCCUGGCCAACCGAGAUUAUUGACACGGUCCACUGCCAGGAGAAGUACGAUGCGGACGGGAAUAUGAUCUACCGCGGUCUAUCGGUUCGGAUGGGUAUACAUUGGGGCAAGCCCGUGUGUGAGCAGGAUCCAAUCACACGACGUAUGGACUAUUUUGGCCCCAUGGUCAAUCGAGCUGCUCGUAUAUCUGCUGUUGCGGACGGCGGCCAAAUAUCUGUCUCCAGCGAUUUCAUUGGAGAGAUCCAGCGAACCCUUGAAGCAUAUGCCGAUGAAAGAUCGAGUUCUACCGGUUCGGACGACACGAUCAACGAGGAUGCAAUGGGUAACGAGAUUCGUCGAGAGCUUCGACAACUCAGCAGCCAAGGAUUCGAAGUCAAGGAUCUGGGUGAGAAGAAAUUGAAGGGUCUCGAGAAUCCUGAAUACGUCUUCUUGAUGUAUCCGCACUCGCUGGCUGGUCGAUUGGCUGUGCCGCCUGGUUCGGAUAAAUCUACCGAAGCUGGGCAGGGUAACGAGCCAGGUACUUUGGGCAAGAAUUCAGAGCUCAACAUUAACCCAGACUCUGUAUGGCAGUUAUGGGAUCUGGCAUUAAGGUUGGAAAUGCUGUGCUCAGCCCUCGAGAGUCCGGAAAAAGCACAAGGUUUGAACAAGCCAGAGUUGAGUCUCCUAAAUCGCAUGAAGAACCAAGGUGGUGAGAUCAGCGACGCAUUCAUGAUGAAUCUCCUGGAUCAUCAGGUCACGCGAAUCGAGACAUGCACAACUACCCUCCAGAUCCGACACAUGACCAAGCCCCUAAAGGGAGGCGACACGCUCUACGACCACGCGCGACCCAUCGCCCAAGUCAUGAUAGACAUCAGCAAGGCGCUGAAGGAGUUUGCUGACUUUAAAAAGGAGAAUCCGGAUUACAUUUCCAUGAAGGAAGAUCUCAGAACCCUGAGGGAACACAUGAAAACUUUGGAGGAGAGUGGAGUGCUUGGGUAG